AUGCCCGCUGCGUGUGGAUGGGCAUACAACGAUGGGCUCCGCAGACAGGAGUAUGAGAGUCCCUGCUCAGGAAGAAAUGGGUGCCCCGCAAAAUGGGAUGACCCGCCACCGCCCCGUCAUCAAGCUCUGAGCAAGAUCUCGGCUCUCGAGAACCGGAUCAAGGAGCUGCAUCACCGGAAGAAGGAGAUGAACAUCGAGAUGGACUUGGAAGGGGCCUUGCUGGAAGGAGAGCUGAAGGGAGAGAGAGAGGAGCUGCGGCAGGAGGAGGAGCGGCUGCUGGAACUGCAGAGGCGGCUGGUGGAGACGGAGCGCAGGUGCCAAGCGGAGCGAGAGAAGGAGAAGGCGCGGCUGCAGGAGGAACGCCACAAGGUCGAGGAGUUGCAGCGGCAGCACGCCGAGUCGCAGACGCAUCUCGACAACCAGCCCGAAUCCAUGCGGGAGCGGAUGCAGAGCCAGCUUCAGGAGACGUCUGAGAUGCUAGAUGGAGCCCUGAGGAGCUACGAGGACCUGGAGUUCCAGCAGUUGGAGAGGGAGAGCCGUUUGGAGGAGGAGAAAGAAGCUGCCUGUCAGGCCUUGGCCCAGGAGAUCACCCAGCUUCAGAACAGCAUUAAUCAGAGGAAGAGGAAGGUGCAGAGGCUGGAAGGGCAGGCCCGUUUGACUCGGGAGCAGAUGGUGGGGGAGAGCCAGCGCUUUGCACAGGAGAAGGGAGAGGCCGUCAGGAGUCUCAACGCGGAGAAAAACCGUCUCAUGGACAUGGGCCAGGAGUACUCGGAAGAGAGUGGGGGGGACUCUCCGGAUGGCCAGCAAUCCCUCACCCAGGGCUCAAUUGGACUGCAGAGAACCGGAAGCCUGCCCCGGAGGCGUGGGGAUCGCCUGGCCACCAGGACGGCACAGCGCCCCCUCUCAGUCCACGGUGCCCUGGACCCCAGCGUACUGGCAGUGCAGCUCUCUGGAGGGGGCAACGGGUCCUACCUGGGUGGCACAGGCCUGCAGUACUCACGUCUCAACAACCCCCUCUUCCAGCUGUUGGGUGGCCAAGGAGCCGUGGGCCAGCUGGGAGGGACCACUCAAGGAGCUUACAGCCUGGGGAAUUGCGUCACCACGCUGGCCGAGAUGGAGCGGAAGGUGCGGGAAGCCAUGGCGGAGAGGGAACGGCUGCUGCAGGAGAGGGAGGCCAAGAGAGCGGCUGAAGAGGCCAGGCGCAUGGAGCUGCCCCUGUCGACCAAGGUAAGGCGGCUUGCAGGCUGUGUCUGCAGUCAGGAUCGGACUCGGCGGUUGCUUUGCAUUCAUCCUUUUGAACGGGGGAGUCUGAGAGCAGGGUUAGCUUUGCCAGAACUUUCUGUGUGUAGGGGAGGGAAGAGCUGCCAAGGUUUACCUCCGUUUACGUGUUUAGAAAGAAAGGAAUCAACCCCCGAGCACGCACAGAUUGCGUUUCCC